AUGAUCGAGGAGACACGAUAUUCAAACUGUUUGGCCACACCCGAGCAGUGGGCCGAGUGGCUGAGAGCUCCACUGGAGCAUGCGGCAGGAACCGGUAACCGCGAUCUGGUAGAUAAGCUGCUGGGAGCCGGGUUGCGCAGGGCAGGGGCAGGAGGAGACAUGAAAGCGAAAACCCUCGACACCGGACAUACACCUCUGGAUCUGGCGGUUGUCGGCGGGAAUGAGGCUGCCGCAGAGGCGCUAAUCAUGGCUGGGGCGGAUAUGAACGUGCUCGAUGUCAAGAAUGACGGCCUGCUGCACCUCACGAUCACAGGGGGUCAUGCGGGAUCGAACGGCAAUUUCCCCAUCCACCUCCCUGCUUGCUAUGGUUUUGAUGAGGUGGCGUUGGUAUUGGUCCAGAAGAGGGUUGACCUGAAUUGCGUCAACAUCGAACGACGUACUCCCCUCUAUGUGGCGGUGAGAGAGAACCACGUUUCCACCGUGAAAGUGCUUCUGGCUGAAGGCGCUGAUCCCAACUCCCUCAAUUUGCUGCUAAUGGCAACGCGCGAGAACAAAGCGGCCUCCAUCCGAGCGCUGUUGGAAGCCGGAGCCGAUAUCGAACGUCGGACUUCCAGGGAAUCAACCCCACUCCAUGCCACAGCAGCCUUUGGCUCAUGUGCAGCCAUGCUGACUCUUUUGCAACUGGGAGCCAACGUCAACUCGAAGGAAAAUAGAGGCAAACCCCGCCCAAAGGGAAAGGCCGCCAUUUCCGUCGUGAUACGAUGCAUGGCUGAAACUCGCGCAGCUUCUCUCCCGCGCCUUGAGCAUGUUUCCGAGCUACUGGUACCUGCUCCGCAGGACAGGGCCUGGCGUCGCCGGGGCUUCGUGGUCCUUCGCCGUGCCCUCCCAAACAGGGUGCGGCUGGCAGUGGAGAUCCCUGCAAGAGCAGCUGAGGCUACCGAGCAGCCGCAGCAACGCCCGAGGAGCCGUGCUAGGACAGGGCAGAUGAAGGUCGAGGUGGAGGUGGAUGGGACACAUCGAGGCGGUGGUAGAGCAGGUGAGAGGAAUGGCGCACGAGCCGGAAUCGAAGUUGUGCGUGAAGGCACCGUCGGUGGGUUCGAUGGUGUGUCGGCCUGGAUGACGGCACUGGCAGAGGAGGAAGUGUUCCGCAGGAUCGUGGGGUUCCUGUAG